AAAGAUACGAUACAUGCUGAGCGGUCCCAGCUGGGGAAGGUUGUAAACAUUGUUGUGACUGAUUUUAUUCGUGUCAUCUGAUUUUUUGACUAGCUGAACCGUAUCUGGAACAUCGAAUUGGACUAAAGCAUUGUCACUGGAAAGAGGAAUUGCUGACAAGCAGCGUGGGAUUGGAAUCACAGGCAGGUAGCAGAUCAUAUAUUGUGACAGUAUGUCGUCAGAGAAUGAAGUGGAACCUGUCCGUUACCCAGGACAGGUUGAUACGCCCUUCCCGGAGGUAUUCAACACAAUGCCUAAACAACCGGAACAGAAGAAACCAGGUCAACUGUCGGAAAAAAUGAUAAAACAAUUCUUUGAAAAGGGGUAUGUCAUUGUUGAGGAUUUCUUCACACGAGAGGAGAUGGAUCCGUGCCGUACCGCUAUAGAGGGUCUCGUAGAAGAACUGGCUCAGAAGCUCUUCAAGGCAGGAAAAAUCACAGAUACAUACAAGGAUCUUGGAUUCUUUCAAAGACUGACCCAGUUGGAGAAGGAUUUCCCAGGUACAAACGUCCUCCUGCACAAGCUGGGCAAGCUCCCUCAGGCAUUUCGAAACCUGUGGUCUAACGAGCGCUUGCUCAAUGUGAUAGAGCAGCUGCUUGGCCCGGACAUUGCAGGACAUCCGGUGUGGAAUCUUCGGACAAAGACACCCCAGAAUGAGGCUACAACGGUUCCUUGGCACCAAGAUUGUGCAUACCUGGACAAUGAGUCCUAUGAGGUCCUCCAGCCUACAGCUUGGAUCCCACUGCUAGACGCCACAGAAGAGAAUGGCUGUAUGCAGGUUGCAGUUGGGGGUCACCGCAGUGGAAAGAUUGCCACUCAUCAGUGUUGCUAUGGCGGCACAUGGUACGUCAUGCUGGAGGAAGAGGAAAUGGUGAAAUCUCUGGGCGUUGACCUGAAGAAGGACAUUCUGACUUGCCCCAUUCCCUAUGGAGGUUUCCUUCUGUUCAACAAUGCGAUUCCACACAGGAGUCUUCCGAAUCUGUCCCAAGACAUCCGAUGGAGUUUAGAUCUCAGAUGGCAGCGACCAGACAAACCAGUUGGCUUCUAUGGGAUCAAGGACAGCAUUCUAAUGAGGUCAUCGGCAGACUCUGAUCAUGUGAUCAACUGGGAUCCGUUUGACGAGGUGGACAGGCAUGAGAAAGCUAAAGCAGAAGCUCCGAAAAUAAAUCCAGUUGCCGAGGAGGAGGAGUUCGACCUGACCAUCCAGGGACCGUGGAUGAAGAAGUGGGCCGUCGUCCACAUGAACCAGCAUACUGACAGGCUGUUAAAGGCCGAGGAAGCCACUUCUUGGCAUAAGGCAUAGUAACCACAGCAACUGGUUUCCUGACAUAAAUUGGGAUAUUUUUAGAACCUUGAGCUGAUGGUAUAUGAUAUUCCUUUUACAAUAGGCUUGAUCUUAUCUCACCUUCAAGAUGUUAUUCAUGGAUUUUCAGAAAUCUCAAUGUAAUGUUCCAUAGAUCCCUGUGUAGUUGUAAAAUCCAAGGUGGAUAUUAGAAAACCAGGAUUCUGUAUCUUUUCUUGUGAAGGCCCAAGAUUUUAGAACACCUAGAUUAUGAAGUAGAUUUUCUAGGCAGUGGUAAUCUGUUUCAAUAUUGUUGACACGAUACGUCGAGCACUUGUUUGUGUUGUGCGUGUGUCACACUGAUGUGUUAAGACAAAUAAUGUAUGUCAAAUUCUCAGAUGUCUCCACAUCAUAUUAACAAUGCACUUACACAAAUGAAACAAGGAAAUGAUGCUACAACAGCUGCAGGGUCAUCGUGACCCGACACAAACUUACCCGUGUUGCCUUGAAGAAUCCUGAACACCUAUGCACUUCAUUGUUCAAUUCCAUGUUUCUUGAUCCAUCAUUGCAAAUUUACAUAAAUGAGGAAGAACAUUCUGCUCGACAGUUUCAGAAAUGAAAAGAAAUAAUGAAAAUGUUGCUGUGGGAAGGUACAGCUUUAGUAUUCACUUGAUCAGGUCAAGCUGAAAAGCUGUAAGCAACCUUUUUCAUUGAGGAUUUUUUUGCUUACUUUAGUUAUCAGACUAAAACUUAAAAGCAACGGUAUGUUAAAAGUAAACUAAGUGAAAAUGGACUUAUGAAGGUGAAUGGGAAGCCUGUGUUAAAACUGACUGUACAAGUUUCAUUGGUCUUUAACUGUCCUUGAAACAUAUACCCAUACUGUUCUACUUAGAUGUGGCGUCAAUAACCCUAUGCAAACAGUGCAUCAAGGCAUAUGCAUCUGAUUACAUGUGGGCUUCGUGGAGGGAAGUUAGUGUUUUGUAUAAAUCGGGUUAAAACUAUUGGUGAUGGAUGAAUCAGAAUGUGUCUCAGAUGAUAUUUGGAGGAACCAAUCUUGAGUUACCUGAGGCAGGGGGUUGAGAAAAACGUGGCCUGAAUACAACAAAACCAUUGUAACAUGUGAAGCUGGUAUUGUGUAUUGUCUUUAUGCAGCUGGCACACAAAAAGAAAUAAAUAAAUAAAACUUUGAAAGGAAAAAAGCUGUGAUGCAAGGAAAUGCAUACCUCUAGACUGGUGGAAUAAACCAUCACCAGGAAUGAUGGUUUGGUGACUUUCAUGUUACUAUGUGGCAGUGUAGUUAUGUAUAUGUACUUAUUAAAGCGUGUUUAAGAUAAAAGGUUGUGAAGAUGAAAUGAUUGGCGCUUAAAAGGGCGAGAUGUAAAUGUGCAGUCAGUACGUAAUCCAGAUACAGUCAAAUGCCGAUGAGUCGAAUCUCAUAGCAAUUUUGGAACUGAGAAAAUUAUUCGUGCCAAUUUUUGAUAUACUGUGAAGCGUAAGAUAUCAAUCCUAGUGGUAUCGUCAUGAUUAACAGUUUUCCAGAUAAGCGAAUCAUGGUGACAAGGAGUCAUGUGAUGUUACACGCGAAACAGGUAUCAGGGACCUCUAGGCCGCUGCAAUUGGUGUACAGAAUUUACUACUGAGAGUACCAGAGUCUUAGGAUCUUAGAAUCAGCCUUAAGAGCUUUGGACUAAGGUUUUCUGAGUAAAUGAUUCAACAGCUAUGAGCCACAGUUUGUGUGGAAAGCAGUAUGUGCAAUAAGGUGCCUCCAUUUUGUUACGACUAAUAUAACACAUUGUUAUUUCCAUAUGGGUGCUGCCAAUUUGUACACUCAUCAAGGGAGACAACCCAGGAAAAAUAUAUUUGACCGUAGGCAAGAAAUAAAACUGUAAGAAUGUAUUCGUUAAAGCCAUUUGAGGGUUUGAAGCUCAAUAUACAUAUUUGUGAACACUUUAUUGUUAAAAAAUCUUUUGAUAAUUAUAUUUGGAAUAAAUUCUUGAUUUUUCUA